AUGGACAAUGUCAUUCACAUAGAUGAAAAGUGGUUCUAUUUGAAUCAAGAGACAAGAAAGUUUUAUCUACUGCCUAAUGAAGAAAAUCCCUAUAGGUGUGAGCAGUCCAAAAGGUUUAAGGUUAAAGCCAUGUUCAUGGCCAUGAUAGGAAAGCCGCAGCAUAACAGAAAUGAGGAAAUGAUUCAUGAUGGCAAGUAUGGCAUAUUUGGGUUUGUUUAUGAGCAAAGGGCAAAAAAAUCCAGCAAAAACAAGGCAGCAGGAACAAUGGAGUUGAAAGCAUUGCAGUCAGUUACUAAAGAUGUGAUCAAAGACAUGUUGGUCAAUAAGUUAAUUCCAACCAUUAUACAGAAUUGGCCAGCACACUUGUCUAAGGAUAUUGUCAUUCAAUGGGAUAAUGCAAGUUCCCAUAAAAUUCCAACAGAUCUAGAGUUUGUGGCAACUUGUACACAAAAUGGAUUCAACAUCAAGAUGGUGUACCAGCCCCCACAAUCUCCAGAUCUCAAUGUCCUAGACUUAGGGAAGGGAGGCAACAACUUCACUCUACCCCAUAUGAAAAAGAGAAGACUGGAACAACUGGGAAUUCUGCCAGAGAGGCUCACUGUCAGCCCUGAUUUGGUGGCACAAGCUGUAAACCACCUUAAUGACAGGUUUAGACCAGUUAACCAGACACAAGUAGAAGAAGAUCAUGAAACGGAAGUAGAUGUUGAUUGA